ACACACGUAUAAACCGACUUAGGGUUGCUUUUGCUUCCACCUGGUCAGUCCAUAUGGAAACGUAAAGCUCCCCUAAAUCAUCAUCACCAUCAUCGUCGUCAUCACAAUAUUAAUACUAAUAUAUACAAACCAUCACGAAAUCUAGUAUCGAAUUUAAUUCAAUCAGCGCGCGAUGGAUCAGAGCGAUGAUAAAACAUUUAGGGUUAAUUUCGGCGGCGAUGGAGUGGCGAAGUUACGAGAUCGAGUCCGGGAUAAGCUCAAGGAGUUCAUGGGAGAUUACACUGACGACACUCUCGUUGAAUAUGUCAUCGUCUUGCUUAAGAAUGGCCGGCGUAAAGUGGAAGCAAAAAAUGAAUUGAAUGUCUUUCUGGGUGAUGAUAGUGACUCUUUCGUUUCCUGGUUGUGGGAUCAUCUAGGAAAACAUAUAGAUCUUUAUGUGCAACCCAAGGAAGCUUUGCCUAGUGAGGUUGUGAAAACAAAAUCCACAUUCAAAGAGCAGUCUCAAAAUAUCGACAGUCACCACAUGGACACUGUACAUGAAAGAGAAAAACCCAAUGAAUUGUCAAGAAGUAGACAUGGCAGGGGAUGGAAAGGCUUGGUAAAGGAUGCUGUUGAGCCCCCUCCACUUCGUAGUGUGGUGACUGCAAAUAUUCAUGAUAAUGAAGAUGCUCAUAUGAUUAAUCAUAUGGAACGAUCAUCCCCUCCAAGGCCAAUUACACAGAGAAAAAGGCGACGUCCUGAUGAAAAGCUCCAUGUAAAGAAAGAAGAUGUUUCUAAAACAUUAAUCAAUGCCCCUAGGAGGCUGCUGCAAUCUGCAGUGAGAGAUGCUCUUGGCUCCCCAAGGUCAGGUAGAUUGAGUAAGGAGCCUUCAUUUAAACGGCUACGAUCUGUGGUUUCUACUUCUGUUGGGGAGUCAUCACUUGAAGAUCGUACUCUAAGCAUCCCUUCCGCUGCAAGAGUGCCUGAUGCCACCAUGACAGUUGCUAUCAAAGCUGUAGCUGAAGCUGCCAAAGAUGUAGCCAAAGUCAGGUCCUCAGGAAAUGUAUUUGAUCGCCUAGGUCGUGCUGUAGAUGUUUUUGACACCCAUGCCCAUAUGACAGAGUCUAGAGAAGUUCCUGCUGAAGCUGAUGAAGAAUUUGCACGUUUUGACUAUUAUCCAGAGGAAAAUCAAUUAACUCAUCUUCAGAGCAGCGAUUUUGAUGAACACUAUUCUAAGAGGAGGACUGUGUUGGAAAGUUACCCCCAAGAUACUUCUGAUUAUGUGUCUGAUAAUGAACUGUAUGGGGGUCGCCAAAUUAAUGGUACAGAUGUUUCUCAUUCUGUCACAUCUGUUGGAAAUAGAAAUGAUGAUUCACUGAUGGUCCAGUAUAGUGGAAUUGGUAAGGCUGAUCAAAGCACCUUUAGACUACGGAAGGAUCAGUAUCAGUCAGGCGCUGAUAAUAAUUCUACAGUAAAUAUAUCUGUGAACGUAAAUACCUGGAAACCACCUCAGUAUAGGGGGGCAUCGCCACUAAGUCAAAGGAAAAUUGUUCAGAGGAAUGAUGCAGGAGCUGACAAAUUAAGUUCCCAGCUGAUAAAUGCAGGAGUUGACAAAUUAAGUUCCCAGCCGAUAAGGAACAACAAUCCUGUUACAGUUGGUAAUGGCAAUGCAAUACCUGCUGGUGAUGAUCAGAGGGAAUCUCAAAAGGAACUUUUAUCCACUAUGGGGACAUAUGCUGCUGGUCUUCCUGCUGAAGAUGCAGAUUCACGGACAAUAUUCAUUAGCAAUGUUCAUUUUGCUGCUACCAAGGAUAGUCUUUCUCGACACUUUAACAAGUUUGGGGAUGUUUUAAAAGUGAUCAUUGUUGCAGAUAUAGCGACUGGGCAACCGAAAGGGUCAGCUUAUGUAGAAUUUACGAGCAGUGAAGCGGCGAAACAUGCAUUGUCACUUAAUGGCACCUCCUUCAUGUCACGUAUUCUCAAGGUUGUAAUGAAAAGCGCUGCUCCUCCAGAACCUGCACCGGUUAUGACAUGGCCUCGAGUUUCUCGAGGUUCCAUGUUUGCUGCAUCUAGGUUUGGUAGAGUUCCCUUCCCUAGAGGAACCCCUAGCUCGUUCCGGGCCCGUCUCCCAGUUAAAGCUGGUGCGCGGAGUUUCCAGUGGAAGCGGGGUGCUCAAACCAUAUCUGAUACGUCCGGUGUUUCUGACAACAGCAUUCCAUCUCUUAGUGCCCCCAGAAGUUUAACUUAUAUUCGACCAGAAGCCAAGGCAAGUGCAAACUCUAGCACUGUAUGAAUUAUCGUAUGAAUGCCAAUUUUCAAGUUUCAACCUUCUGUGGAGAUCAUGGAAGUUAAUAGCAAAGACACAUUAGUUACUUUGUGCGGUUGGACCUUUAUUAUAAGAAGAUGCGUACUGUGGAUCAAGGAAAUUUACAGCAUUGCUGCUUUUUGUCUCCCUCUGUAUCAAAGGGUUGAAGCAUAUAAUGCUCGGCAGUUUAGGAGGAAAGCAAAGUGGUAGUCUAGGAGACUUCUUAUGUGAUAAAUGGACCACUCAAGUUAAAUGACCAAAAUAUAUUAGCGCAGCUUGCUUUCGCAUUAUAUUAAUUCAAUUAUGUUGGACAAAGAGGGCUGCCGUAAUGGAUAUUAUUAUGUGAUGAUGAUAUAUUUCUUCCUCGAAAUCCGCGGAGAUAUUUACCCUCUGCCAAAAUAAUACGCGGCUGCUGUUUAUUCUCACGUAGAGCUCCUUUUGUUUGAUUUAGACUAGUUAUUGGCAUGUAAAAUUUCUCGUUUUGAAUCUUCUUUUUCCUUAGCACUGAGUGUAUGUAUAGAGCAUGCCAUAGAAUUUUGGCUGUGGCCCUUUAAUUUCAAAAACACUUGUAUUUUUUCGUUGGUUAUAAUUUCUGACAGGUAAAAUUUGUUGA